CCAACAAAGAUGGCGGUGGCCCCGGCGACGGGAGCGACCUGGGCGGCAGCUGCGCCUGAAGUGGCAGCUGGGCCUGCGGGGGUGCUGCACAGGGGUCGGGGGGGGCAGCCCUGAGCUGGGGCCUGGCCCCGGCCGGGCUCCCCCACCGCACCCCGAGGGACAGGUCCUGCCUGUGGUGACCACAAUGCCCCAGGCCUCUGAGCACCGCCUGGGCCGGACCCGAGAGCCACCUGUCAAUGUCCAGCCCCGAGUGGGAUCCAAACUACCAUUUGCCCCCCGGGCUCGCAGUAAGGAGCGUCGAAACCCAGCCCCUGGGCCGAACCCCAUGUUACGGCCUCUGCCUCCCCGGCCAGGUCCACCUGAGGAACGGCUCAGGAAACUGGAGCUGGGACGGACACGCACCUCAGGCCCUCGUCCCAGAGGCCCCCUUCGGGCAGAUCAUGGAGUUCCCCUGCCUGGCUCACCACCCCCAGCUGUGGCUCUGCCUCUCCCAACCAGGACCAACCUAGCCCGGUCCAAGUCUGUGAGCAGUGGGGACUUGCGUCCAAUGGGGAUUGCCUUGGGAGGGCAUCGGGGCGCUGGAGAGCUAGGGGCUGCAUUGAGCCGCUUGGCGCUCCGGCCUGAGCCACCCACUUUGAGACGUAGCACCUCUCUCCGCCGCCUCGGGGGCUUUCCUGGGCCCCCCACCUUGCUCAGCAUACGGACAGAGCCCCCUACUGCCCAUGGCACUUUCCGCGUGAUAUCUGCCCGGCCCUCCAAGCCUUUCUACUCCGAUGACAAGAUGGCUCAGCACACACUGCUUCUGGGCUCUGGUCAUGUUGGCCUCCGAAAUCUGGGGAACACGUGCUUCCUGAACGCCGUGCUGCAGUGUUUGAGCAGCACUCGGCCUCUCCGGGACUUCUGCCUGCGAAGGGACUUCCGGCAAGAGGUGCCUGGAGGGGGCCGAGCCCAAGAGCUCACUGAAGCCUUUGCAGAUGUGAUUGGGGCCCUGUGGCACCCUGACUCUUGUGAAGCAGUAAAUCCUACUCGAUUCCGAGCUGUCUUCCAGAAAUACGUGCCCUCCUUCUCUGGAUACAGCCAGCAGGAUGCCCAGGAGUUCCUGAAGCUCCUCAUGGAGCGGCUACACCUUGAAAUCAACCGACGAGGCCGCCGGGCUCCCCCAAUCCUGGCCAGUAGUCCAGCUCCCUCUCCACCCCACUGUGGAGGGACUCUGCUAGAAGAACCGGACUUAAGUGACAAUGACCGGGCCAACCUAAUGUGGAAGCGUUACCUGGAGCGAGAGGACAGCAAGAUUGUGGACCUGUUUGUGGGCCAGCUGAAAAGUUGUCUCAAGUGCCAGGCCUGUGGGUAUCGCUCCACCACCUUCGAGGUUUUUUGUGACCUGUCCCUGCCCAUCCCUAAGAAAGGGUUUGCUGGGGGCAAAGUGUCUCUGCGGGACUGCUUCAACCUUUUCACCAAGGAAGAAGAGCUGGAGUCGGAAAAUGCCCCAGUGUGUGACCGAUGUCAGCAGAAAACCCGAAGUACCAAAAAGUUGACAGUACAAAGAUUCCCCCGAAUCCUCGUACUCCAUCUGAAUCGCUUUUCCGCCUCCCGAGGCUCCAUCAAGAAAAGCUCCGUGGGUGUGGACUUCCCGCUGCAGCGCCUGAGCCUGGGAGACUUUGCCAGCGACCAGGCCGGAAGCCCCGUCUAUCAGCUGUACGCCCUGUGCAACCACUCGGGCAGCGUCCACUACGGCCACUACACGGCCCUGUGCCGCUGCCAGACGGGCUGGCACGUCUACAACGACUCUCGGGUCUCGCCGGUCAGCGAGAACCAGGUGGCGUCCAGCGAGGGCUACGUGCUCUUCUACCAGCUGGCGCAGGAGCCGCCCCGCUGCCUGUGAAGCCGUCACCCCGAAGCCCAGGCUCCCCCUUACCUCACAGACGUCUAUUUUUGUGUCUUUUUCACUGGGGAGGCGGAGGGUGACUGUAGCUCCCAUUUUUUUAAUUAAAAAGUACCCUUCCA